AUGGAGCUGAGCAGCUGUAGAGCUGACAGUAGCAAGUCACUUAGAUUCUCUCGACUCACUGCUAUUCAAAUAAUCUGCGAGGCUAUCACUUAUUAUUGAUCCACCUCCACCUAAUUUGCUUUUGUUCUGUGCAGUCGGUCGCUUGUCACUUGUCAACUGUCAAGUUUCAUUUUUCUUUUUCCAUCUGCCUUCAGAAAAGAGGGAAUUGAAUAAUUAAAUUUGAUUUUCUUCUUCAUAUUUGUAAAAAAUGACGAACUCAAAGGGUUACCGUCGUGGUACGAGGGACCUUUUCGCCCGCAAAUUCAAGAAAACAUGGUGUUAUUCCGUUGUCCACCUACAUGAAAGUAUACAAAGUGGGAGACAUCGUGGACAUCAAAGGCAAUGGUGCUGUACAAAAAGGCAUGCCCUACAAGGCUUAUCACGGUAAAACCGGAAGGGUUUUCAACGUUACGGCACACGCUUUAGGCGUAAUCGUAAACAAGAGAGUUCGCCACAGGAUCAUCCCCAAAAGGAUCAACAUCCGUAUCGAGCACGUCAACCACUCCAAGUGCAGACAGGACUUCUUGCAGAGAGUGAAGUCGAACGAAAAGCUGCGUAAAGAAGCCAAGGAAAAGGGCACCAAAGUAGAGUUGAAGAGGCAGCCAGCUCAGCCGAGGCCUGCACAUAUUGUCAGCGGGAGGAAUCCUGCUAUACAACUUGCGCCUAUUCCAUAUGAGUUCAUUGCUUAGGUUAAUAAAGGAUAAAUUUUGUUUUGGUUGUUUUUGU